CUGGGAUUUAUCGGGGAAAUGGCCACUAAAGAAGGCGAAUCAGUAUGUUGAAUUGUUUUAUUAGAUAAUGAGCGUUCCACUAACAGCAAUCAAAAGGCCAAUGGCGCCGAAUCUUUUAGAUUUAUGAAUCUAGGUGGUGGUAAUGAGGUCGGAAGAUCGUGUCAUAUUAUCCAAUAUAAGGGGAAAACCAUCAUGUUAGAUGCUGGUGUGCAUCCUGCUCACUCAGGGAUUGCUGCUCUUCCUUUCUAUGAUGAAUUUGAUCUAAGCACAGUUGACAUUUUGUUGAUUUCUCAUUUCCAUUUGGAUCAUGCUGCCUCGUUACCAUAUGUUAUGCAACAUACAAACUUCAAAGGAAGAGUCUUUAUGACACAUCCUACUAAAGCUAUUUAUCGUUGGCUAUUGAGUGAUUUCGUUAAGGUCACAUCCAUCGGAGCUUCAGCUUCAAGUGCAUUAUAUACAGAUGAUGAUUUAUCGGAAUCUUUUGAUAAAAUCGAAACAGUUGAUUAUCAUUCUACAAUAGAAGUUGAUGGUAUACGGUUUACCGCUUAUCAUGCUGGUCAUGUGUUAGGUGCUGCAAUGUUCCUUGUUGAAAUAGGUGGGUUGAAAUUCUUAUUCACUGGUGAUUACUCAAGGGAAGAAAAUCGUCAUUUAAACCCUGCAGAAGUUCCUCCAACAAAACCAGAUGUCCUUAUUACAGAAUCAACCUUUGGUACAGCUACUCAUGAACCACGUCUAGAGAAGGAAGUCAGAUUGACAAAUUUAAUCCAUUCAACUUUGAUUAAAGGUGGUAGAGUGUUAUUACCGGUGUUCGCCUUGGGUACUGCUCAAGAAUUGUUGUUGAUUUUGGAUGAAUACUGGUCUCAGCACCAAGAUUUAGAUGGUGUUAACGUUUAUUAUGCAUCCUCUUUGGCAAAGAAAUGUUUGGCAGUUUUCCAAACGUAUAUUAAUAUGAUGAAUGAUAAUAUAAGAAAACAGUUUAGAGAUCAAAACUCGAACCCCUUCCAGUUCAAACACAUUAAAAACAUCAAAAAUUUGGAUAAAUUCGAUGAUUUUGGUCCGUGUGUUGUCGUGGCAAGUCCUGGUAUGUUACAGAAUGGUGUUUCAAGGGAGCUUUUAGAAAGAUGGGCCCCAGAUUCAAGAAAUUCAGUUAUCAUGACUGGUUAUUCCGUUGAAGGUACAUUGGCAAAAAACUUAUUGACAGAGCCUGAUCAAAUUCCGUCCUUCCAAAACCCAGAUAAUAGUAUACCAAGAAGAAUAAACAUUGAGGAAAUCUCAUUUGCUGCUCAUGUUGAUUAUGAACAAAACUCCAAAUUUAUUGAAUUGGUUGAUCCGAAAACUAUUAUUCUUGUUCAUGGUGAAUCUAAUCCAAUGGGUAGAUUAAAAUCUGCACUUUUAUCAAAAUACUCCAGAUUUAAAGGAACUGAUCAAGAAGUUAAAGUUUACAACCCAAGAAAUUGUGAUGAGUUAGACUUGAAGUUUAAAGGACUGAAAAUUGCAAAGGCUUUGGGUGCCAUCGUUGAAGAAAAACAAACAAAUGAAACAUUAAGUGGUGUUUUGGUCUCCAAAGAUUUUGACUUGAACCUAAUGAAGGUCGAUGAUCUAAGGGAAUAUGCUGGUUUGACUUCUACAAUCGUUAAAGAACGUCAAACUAUCAGGGUCGAUGCUGGAAGAGAUUUGAUACAAUGGCAUUUAUCACAAAUGUUUGGUUAUGUCGAAAUUUUGAUUGAUGAUAAGGAUGAAUUUGAAUUGAAACUAAUGGAUGAAAUAUCAGUGAACCUGAUAAACGGUAUUUGUACAAUCGAAUGGACAAGUGGUAUAAUUAAUGAUACAAUUGCAGAUUCAGUCGUUGCAAUUUUACUUUCUGUUGAUUCAUCACCAGCUUCUGUCAAGUUAUCAUCGAAGUCAUGUGACCAUGACCACUCAAAAGAUCCCACUCACUUGGAAGAUUCGCUAGCUGAUACCAGAGUUUCGACUAGAAUAAAGAGAAUCACAGCAAUGUUGGAAGCUCAAUUUGGUGAAGCAUUUACAAAUAAUGAAGAUGGAAAAACUGCUGUCAUUAAAAUUGGUAAAAAUGAAGCUAAAAUCGACUACUACGAUUUGACAGUCGAGUGUUCAUCAAAUGUUUUGAAAGGUAGAGUUGAAAAUGUGCUGAAUAGAGCUACAGACUUGGUUGCACCAUUGGCUCAAAGCCGUAAGAUACAGGCUUAAAAUAAAAGUUGAAACGUUAUUAAUGGAUAUGUGUACUAUAGACAUUCACCCUAAUUGGGGUGAUAUUUUAAUGAAUAGAUCUUUUUAUAGCUCUUCUAUUUUAGUAAGUACUUGUAUAAAUUAGGCGUUGACAAACUGGAAUACUUUCACUUUCUACAUUUACUUCAACAUUAUUAGAUAUAUAUUUGAAAUCAUUAACUAAAAA